AUGGUAUCGCGAUCAUGGCUGGCGGCGUUCCUCGCCGUUGGACAGCUUUCUUCUAUCUGUAGCGCGCAAGUGGAUGUCCCCUCAGUCAACAACUUUCGCAGAAGAGUCUUUGCUCGAGCGUCGGUCAUUGGCAAUUGGGUCUAUUACGAUGGAGGUGAAGUAUCACAGGUCAUCAGCGGGUUGAGUCCCCAGUCACAAUGGCGGCCCUCCAACCCGACAAACACGACGCUCUCAAUCGACCUCACCAAAUCAUGGACGCCAGAGGACGUGGAAAUCAAGGAAACCUCCAAGUCGGCUCCCAAAAUGAUGAGACAGGCCAUCUUCACCGACAACUCGUCAGACUCCUUUUACAUCUGGGGCGGCUUCACCUCCUACGGCGCCAAAAUCCCAGACGCGAAACUCUGGCACUUCACCCCGGACGGCAGCGGCGGCGGUCAAUGGGGCACCGUCCUCCCGCACGGCAACACCGCCUUCACGGCCCUCACCCGCUCUCAGGGCGGCGCCUUUGUCAGCACCAAGGAUUCCGGCUUCUACUUUGGAGGGUUCUCCGAUUCCGGGUCCGACCCGAACCCCAACGGCCCCGUGCCGGGCUUUUUGCAGUUCAACUACACGGCGACGGACACGGCGUGGACAAACAACUCGGACAGCGUGCCCUACUCCGACUACGGCACUCUUGUAGGCGCCACGGCGCACUACGCGCCGUACGGGCCGAACGGAUUGAUUAUGAUUUUCGGCGGAGGAUCGCACGUCAUUGGGACCGGCCAGAGCGUGGAUAACGUGGGCUAUCUCAGCUUCAGCACGAUUUACUUCAUGGACCCCGUCACCAAGGUGUGGUAUACCCAACAGACGAGCGGCAACGCCCCGGGCCCACGCAUGUGGCACUGCACCGUCGGAGCCCAGGGUCCCAACAACACAUACGAGAUCUUCAUGUACGGCGGCAGCAACAUCGCAAACAAGGAAACCUUUGACGAGGUCUACAUCCUCUCACUCCCCGGCUUCGUCUGGCAAAAGGCAAACUACACCUCCGCGGCCCCGCGCGACACGCAAUCGUGCGUCGUCGCCGGCCAGCGCCAGAUGAUCACGUUCGGCGGCGUCAACAGGAUGGCCAAUAACGCCAACUCGACCCUCUUCUUCAACGAGGAAGAUUCCUUCCGCCAGGGCGUCGGCGUCUUCGACCUCACGGCGCUGUCGUGGAAGGACACGUACGAGCCCACGGCCGCCGCGUACGAUUCGCCCGACGUCGUCAAGGCUUGGUACAAUGAGGGUAACCUCGCCAGCGUCCAGUACGGCUCGGGCGUCGAAGCUCUCAUGAACUACGGCAAAUCCGGAUCAGGCUCGAGCUCAGGUUCAGGUUCCGGUUCCGGCUCCGGCUCCAGCACCAGCUCCGACUCGAAAUCCUCCAACACGGGCGCCAUCGCCGGCGGCGUGGUAGGCGGCGUAGCCGGCGUCGCCCUCAUCGGCCUAGCCGCAUUCUUCCUCAUGAGGCGGCGGAAGCACAAGAAGGUCCCGACGGAAGAAACCGGUCCCAACGCGGUCGAAGCCCCGGGCUCGGCGGCCUACUAUGAUAACAACAACAACCACAAUGCCGGGAUGCAGCAGCACCAGCAGACGGCCUACUCGCCGGGCCCCGCCCCGUCAAUGACGACGGCGCCGUCGGAGCUCCAGGGGGAGUACAGGGACCACUCGCCGUUCUCGGGCAGCGACGUGCCGCCCAAGAUGAUGCAGCCUCCCGAGAUGGAUGCGGGGGAGCCGCGGCACUAUUACGCGGCGGAGCUGGACGGGACGGAGGCGCGGAAGUGA